AUGCCAUAAAAAGAAGUGGGACCCAGGUGGUAGAUAAGACCAAUGGGGAUGCAAAGAAGACGAGACUUGUGUAAUAAAUAUUCUUGUUUGCUUACAAGAAAUUUUUCUCCAUUUUCUUCUCUCCAUCUCUCCUUAUAACAAGGCGAGGAUCUUCCAGAAUUUGGUCAUGGCCUCUAAGCGGAUCUUGAAGGAGCUCAAGGAUCUGCAGAAAGAUCCUCCCACUUCUUGCAGCGCUGGCCCUGUUGCCGAAGACAUGUUUCAUUGGCAAGCAACUAUCAUGGGCCCCCCUGACAGUCCAUAUGCGGGUGGCGUGUUUCUUGUUACCAUUCAUUUUCCUCCAGAUUAUCCUUUCAAGCCACCUAAGGUAGCUUUCAGGACUAAGGUAUUUCAUCCAAAUAUUAACAGCAAUGGCAGCAUUUGUCUUGAUAUAUUGAAGGAACAGUGGAGUCCCGCCCUUACUAUAUCCAAGGUCUUGCUGUCAAUAUGUUCGCUGCUGACGGAUCCGAAUCCUGAUGACCCUCUCGUGCCAGAAAUAGCUCACAUGUACAAGACUGAUCGGAGCAAGUACGAGACAACUGCCCGAAGCUGGACCCAGAAGUAUGCCAUGGGCUAGCUUGGUCUGGUGUGAUAGGAGGGGUUUCUUGUCUAUUUUCAUGGACAUGUUCUCGUUGUGGCUUGGGAUUUUACUAUUAUAUUGUAUGAAUGAAAGUAAGUAUGAUCUGUCCGGUGUAAGAUGGAUGGAUCAGGAAACUCUCCUUGAAACACAGUUAUGUUUUGUUUUUGUAUAAGAAUCUGUCUUUGCGAGAACAAUAGCAGUGUGUUUCGUGAUACUACAAUCUUCUGAUUCCUUCUGAUGAUUAUGAAAAUAAUUGGGUGUGUAUGGUUUCUGAUUUGUCAA